UCACAGAAUUCAUAUGGAAUUGCUCAUGCAGUUUUAAAGAGUGUUUAUAAAUAACACGUUUGGAAUUAUACUUCAUCUGUCUUGUAAACAAUGGCCUCGGGAGCAGGAAACGAGGACGCCAAGGCCUCCCUUACAGGGCAUCCAAAGAAGAAAAGUGUACAAAUCAUGGAUACUAAAGACGAAAUUCUGGAAGUUACAGAAAAACACGGACCGCUAUACAAUGCCAUCCCGUGUAUGCCAAUAGGAGCAGCGGCGGUGUGUUGUAUCUUAAAUAUACUGGUCCCAGGUCUCGGUACGUUCAUUUCUUCCUUUACCGUGUUUUGUGGCGCAACGACCAGGAUAGGUAAACGAGUUCACGCCUUCGUCCUCAAUAUCCUCGCAGCACUGCUCCAAAUGAUCACCUUUCUCGUCAUUGUUGGAUGGAUAUGGAGUAUAUUAUGGGGGAUGAACUUCGUCCAGUUUGCAUUAGCCAAAGGAGAGGAGAACAAACGUAAACUCGGACCAUAUUACGUGAGGAGGCAGAGCAGUGUCGACGUGCCAUGACCGUAUAACUUUUGUUAUCAAGUGUCCUCACAUAUACACUCGUACAUAUUCAUUCUACGUAGAAACGACAGCGAUCAUUCUAUGGAAGGUUGCAAUACGAAAACGUUGAGUUUAGCCGAUAUCUAUACGGUGGAUAGAAUGAACAUAUAACGAGUCAACAACAUAUAUGCUUGAAUUAUAAAUGGUGUUUAUAUUCGAAUGAGAGAUUCAGUGAACCGUUUGUAAUUGGUGAAUUGUAUUCUAGAAAUUAAGGAUUUUGAUAUAAAAUCUUGAAGUAAUAGCUCUAAGUUUUACGAGGUUUGUACCGAUGCGAUUGUCAUGUUAUUUUUUAAUUAAUGGGAAUUCAGCCAUUAACAUUACGUCAAGAUACAGCAUGAUGGUACAGCCUUGCAUAACGCUACUUUUUAGAAGCUAAGUUGAGUGUAAGUAUUGACAAGUAUUUGUACAUAUUGUGUCUGGGACUAUUUCAUGAGUAUUAUCUAGAAUACAGAUAGCAGAUAGAUUUUUUUUGUUAAAUACGAAGGGGUUUGAUACACGACUACGAUAAAAUGCAAUAUUCCUAUCAACCCUGAUUAUACUGUUCUCCAUGUACGAAUACCAAUUACUGAGAGCAUUUUCCUGGUAUUUCUUCGAAAGAUGUUACCGCUUAUAUAUUAAUGAAGGUAUAUAUAACUCGAACACUUGGGAGUAGAAAAUGGGGCUGUCAGGCUGUAAUAUAUUUGCGGAACUGAAUGUGUUUUAUAUUUCUUUCUUUUUUCAUUGACUGAAGUCAGAAUAUAUCUUAUUAUGUAGACAAACAUUACCUGUGCAUGUAUCAUACACCUUUUAUAAACCCGCAGGGAAUACCCUACUUGUGCAUUACGAAACAUAAUAAAAGUUUGUAACGAUGGGCUCGUGUCAUUUAGGAGACACUGACUGGAAAUGAACAUGUGAUUCGAAAUCGCCCAAAAAGAUCAUUCGAAGAUAAUGUUAAGCUUAUGCUUGUGUACCUAAAAUAACAAGAACAUUUAAGUAUGGUUAUCAACUUAUUAUGACGUGUUUCCCUUUACAUUAUACAAUGAGUAAAUAAGCAAGAAAUGUUUGUAUUGAAAUGCCAGCAUUCCAUAUGUGUUUCUUUAUCUACCUAGUAUAACUGUAACGUUACUUAUUACUUGUAUCGAUAAAUGCUAUUUGCUUCUUAGGACUGUUUUGUCGACUUGAUCCCCCAGCCCCACUCCAAAACUGGUUAUUAACUUAUUUUAUUUUUAUUCUUUAAAUUUAGAAACCUGUUAACAUUUAAUCAGUGUAGGUGUGACGAUCUGACUACAUACUAGUUGUUACAGUGGUUUGUGCGUAUAUUUCACAUGAGAGUUAAUGUGAUUUAAAACAAUUAUUUUGUCUUUUUGCUCUUCUCUUAGCCGAGCCUGUAUAAAUCAUCGACAUGCUAAUGCGACAGUGGCUGUCCCUAUUGUCGACAUUCAAAUUAAAUUCAACUUUAUUUUACAACAAGAUUGUGAAUCUGAUUAUGCCAACUUGUAUUAAACACUCAAAGCGGUCCGGAUGAGAGCGCGAGAGGGGUUUUACUGUAGGAAGUGACCAGGGUACCCAGGAAACCCCAGGUAGUCGGGCAGGAGCUCCAUAACUUUUCAUGUCUAUUUGGGGAAUUGAACUGCGCUACCCGACCACCACUUUUAUAAAACACAUAUGACUGUUCUUUUUCGAAUGGAAGAUUUUGUUUAGUCGUUGCAGCAGCAAAGUUAUCUUCGAGACUGUAUCAUAAAUACAAUACCGAAAUACAGUUGCCCUAUAAGCCCCAAACUGAAUUCAAGUCGUGAAUGUUUCUUAUCCUAAGAAGCAAGUAAAGAAUUUGUCUUAUCAAAAACGGCAGGUGCACGCUGUGAUGAAAGAAAAGGAGUAGGGAAUGUUCAUCAUCAUUCAAGAAUAUCGUGAUUUGCUUGCAAUAAAAACAGGACGGGAAAGAAAUAACAUAUGUCUGUUUACUGCCUUUAUAGUGUAUUAUGUUUACGAAUACCGGAAGUGGGUAUACGAGAGAGAUAGGAACACCAUAGUUGUAAUUUUAUUAUCAUAUACAAACACAGAUGUUUUUGACUCAUACUCUCGUUUUAUAUAAAAUCUGCUAUGUCAUUUUAAUUGCAUAUAUGUCUCUCAUACAUAUACAUUUCUGACGAUGAAAUAUUUAAAACAAAUUAUUACAUUAGCUUGAACUGGUUUUGAUGUACAUUAAGCUAAGUAAGUGUUUUAGGUGUGUCAGUGAUAACCUGGAUAGAACCAAUGCAUGCAACAGAUAACACUGGAAAAGAAACGGAAAGAAAAUUUUGAGUAAGAUAUUUGAAUACCAAAACACAUUACAAUAAUUCAUUUAUUUUCAUUCAUAAUUAUUUUCCCUUAGUCCAUGCAAGGCAGACCCACCAGCAGAAGAUGGUUUUGGAAUAGUUUAGAUAAAAUUUGAUCUGACAAAAUACUCCCUGCAAGACACUUUUGUUCUCUGCGUUAAAAAAACUGUUGAUGGCAUUAUAUAUCGCACCCUUUCUUCAAAACAUGUGGCAUUGCACAAAGUAAACAUGUCAAGCAGUAUUCGAGUCAAACUUUACAAAUGAAAUUCCAAAUGAUAAAAAUCGCUAUUUUGAGACUUGCACGUAAAGUGAUACAAGGUCAUGAUUUAAUUGGUUACAUUUUCAAUUUAUCAGUUUUCAGUUUUGUCUGGUUGGAACAGCCGGCGUGAAAGAUAAAGCAUCGCCUUUCUUACCAGCGAUCACACAAAUAAAUGGAAACCAUCAACUUUAUAUUAAUUCUUAAACCUUGAUAUCAGUUUGCGCACUGUUCAUCCAUUGACAUUUAAAACUACAUUUUCUAGGAUUUUCCGUUUGUUAGUGUGUCUGGAAUGUUGAGGAAUCUUGCCCUCCUUGAACAUUUUAGUGCAAAUCACUUGAAAGUCGUUUUAAAAUGACAUACUACCGCACUGGGUCAACUUUGAACUCAAUCUGUCUUGUUAUCUUGAAAACUGACUUGCUAGAUAUUAAAAAGGCUUUGUUACAAGUCAAAUACAUAACAGAGGUUGACAUAUACAAUUUUACCUUUUUUUCUCGGAUAGUUGCCAGAAUCUAUGAUAUGUCUGAAUUAGAUAAACAUUUGCAAAAACACAAAAUGUAUGAUAAUGAAAAAAACAUUAAUAUUGGAGUAGCUGUUUUUUCAGUCAUUCGAAUGUCCACAAUAGGAGGGUACAACAAGCAUCCACACGUGUCGCACUCAGUUAUGCAUAGCAAGCAAUAACCUAAUUAAGCAAAGACAUAAAUAAUUUGUAAUAAAACUAAUUCAUCUAAGUUCUGUUUGUUACGUGCUGUAGUUGAAAGUUGUCAAAUUACAGUAAUAUUUUUUCUGUGCAUUGUAUUGUAUUUUUCCAAUGUACGUUUAGUUAGAAAUAUACAUUUGUACUUUUGUAUUUGAAAAUGUUGACUCUCGAUGCUGAUCGACUUCUUUGUGUCCUUAUUGAACAAUUCUUUGAUUAGAGAUUAAAUAUUUUGAAAAAGGAAAUAGAACUUUAACAUUUUUUUCGUGUUGUGUGAUAGUUUGACAAUGUAUGACUAAUGUUAGAUCUGAACAGAUUUUUUUGUAAUAAAUCAUUUUUGUGGAGGAUUUAUAUAAUCAAUAUCUCAUAUCCUAAAACAAGUAUGUGUUUUGACAAAUUAUUGUAUUGCUGAAUGGUUAUAAUUUUAAAAUGCGUUGAAUGCUAUUUGAACUUUUUCACCUUAAUAUUUUGUCAUUUAUCAUUGCAUUUUACUAUGUAAUGACACAUUUUCGUAUCUCUACAUUCAUUCGUAUCGGUGAGUCGGUAGAAAUUUGCGUAAGUACAUUAUUGUAGAUAUAUGAAUAUGAAAACACCUUACAAUAUUAAUUAUAUAUUUACAUAAAUAAUAAAAGUUUAAGAGACAAUAAGGAACAUCGUGAUUGGUUAUAGUUAUUAAAAAAUGAAUCUUUUAUAAAUUUUACAUAAUCUAGGAAAUAUAGCAAAGGCUAGCACGAAAUCUUUUUUCUUUCAAAUGAAUAAAAAUUUGUACCAAAUAUUUACAAAUGAACAUAAUUGAAGUUACUUUUUUAAUGUUAUCCUUUCUACACCGUUACUAUAUGUUCAAUCAUUGUGCUUCACUAAUUUAUUUCAGUAUUUGCCAUUAUGUGUACAGUGAAUACAUAUGAAUGUCCGUUUAGAAUGUUAACUGCUUCAAGUAUUUAAGUUUUGAAUAUUUUGGUAUGAAGACAAUGGUCGUCUAUUAAAAUAUAAUUGAAUGUAGCUUAAUUUAAAUGUGAAUAAA